GUUCCCUUUGUUUUUUCUCUUUAAAUAUAGGGUUUAACAAAAAACCUCGUCGGCUCUGGACAUAAACCCUAGUUUCGAUUUGAGGGUUUUUGCUUUGGGGAAGAAAAGGCUCAUCUAUCUCUGAUCCAAGAUAUUACUUGCAGCAUCGGUAUGAUAAUGCAGGCCUUUCGUGGCAGUAUCCAGCUGGUUCGAAGGCACAACUUCACGAAAGGAUUCGUUUCGUCUAAAUAUACUGGUGAUCCAUUGGAUUCUUUGAAGAAUUCCUUUUUGCGAUCGCUCCACGAGUUCUCUACUUGCUCUCUGCAGGUAAAAUUUUGCUCCCAAACUGAGACAUUGGCAUCACUCAACUAUUAUGGUAGACGUGCUAGGGCUGGAUUGUUUCAACAAGGGAUAAUGGAGUCACCUUUCACUAGCAGGUGCAUUAUGACAACGGGAAAUUCUGUUCCAUCAAAUUCACAAGACGUUUCUGCUGAUCUUUCCAAUGUAGCUCCCCGCAUCAAAUUUAAGAGGCUUGAUAAAACUGCUAGGCACAUAAUGAAGAUUUUGGAUAAGGAAGCAGUGGAAGAAGUUAAGGGACAGAGAGAGAUACCUGAUAUAAGGCCUGGUUAUAUUGUGCAAAUUAAAGUGGAAAUUCCUGAGAAUAAGAGACGUGUUUCAGUCCUAAAGGGCAUUGUUAUAGCAAGGCGUAAUGCUGGUCUAAAUACUACAUUUAGAAUAAGGAGGCUGGUAGCUGGUGUUGGAGUUGAAUCUGUCUACCCGCUGUACUCGCCUAACAUAAAGGAGAUAAAAGUGCUGGACAAGAAGAAAGUGAGGAGGGCCAAGCUUUACUAUCUCAGGGACAGGAUGAAUCCUCUUAAGAAGUAACAAGAAGCUUUAUGAGUGGAGUGGGAAAUAACUGUUAGUUCCUUGAGAAAGAUGGUGGGGUUGUAUCACCUUGGCAAGAAACGUCUUGAAGUAUUUUUGUAUCCAUUUGCCCUAUUUUCUUAUGUGAAGGGAAGACUCUGGAUUUUUGUUUAUUGCCAGAGGGAUUCAGAUUUUUCUACAACUAUCUGAUCUCAUAAAGGAUUUACCUUGUAUGGCAUGGCUUUUUGUUUGAUGAUUAAUGUUAUCCAUUAAAACUAUUAUAUUA